CACACAGUUUUGGAGUAACUCAAAAUAUUUUCGCUAUGGUUUUUUUUUUAAUAAUUUCGUGUGUGAAACGGUGAUAUUAUUGAUUUUCUAUUGCAUUUAACGCACUGGCCAGCUGGGACAGAUCGAAUUCCGGCGAAAGACUCCACGGAUCCCGCACACGGGGGCAGUGAAAAAGUUUUGUUUACCUUUUUUUCGAUAUCCCAGAGUUCUGCGAUUUCCCUGCCACUGUGUGCGUGUGCGAGUGCCCGUGUGUGCGUGCGUGUGUGUGUGUGUGCGUGCGAGCUGGUGUGCAAAAAUGGAAAUGCAUUCUCGAUGAAAUAAAAUGAAACAAAUGUGCCAACCGCUCAAAAGUAGUGCAUUCUAAAAUUGGUUGCUAAAGCUGCGCACAUGGAAAAUGCGCCCGAUAUCUCCACCAGCGCUUCGUCUUCUUCUUCUUCUGCCACCACUUCCACACUGAAACUCCAAAGCCAAAUCAAUUCCAAAAAUGUCCUGAUCCGAUCGCAGAGCAGCGGCAAGCUAAGCAGCAAUGAAGCCAAAUCAGCGAAGGCAACAGCAGCAACCAGUACAACGACGACCCUGCGAGCGGCCAAGCUCAAGAUCGGGGCCAUGCAACAGCAGAAGCAGCAACUCCAGCAGCAGCAGCAGCAACACCAGGCCGCGAACGGCAGCAACAUUAUCCUGCUGCGCGGCACUCGCAACGAGAAUGGCCAGAUUAUCAUCCAGAACAAACAGGACAUACUCAGCCUGCUCAACGAACAGCAGCAGCAGCAGGAGAAGAGCCACUCCUCCACGGCCAUCACGCUCAAUCAAUUGCCCACGGCCACCACGGUGGCUAGGAAGACCAUUGUGCAGACCUCGAGCGGAACUACCAGCGGCAGCAACUCCACCAUUUCCAUUGUGGCCAGUGGCAACAGCAGCAGCAACAAGGAGGCCAGCAGCAAUACGAUCCUUCUGCAAACGCCCAUCAAUGCCAGUCAGUUGGAGAGCGUUUUGAAGGCCCAGGAGCGUUCCAAACAGGCGAAUGCCACGCAGACCAAGCUGGCGGAGCGGCCCUUUAUGCUGAAGCACGCCUCUCGCAGCCUCAGCACUGAGAGCAACUGCGACAGCAAGUCCCCUUUUGUCCUGCAAACGCUGAAGCGUCUUGAGAAGUCCCAAUCCAUCCUGGUCAUACGCAACUCCACGGCCACCUCCUCGGCAGCCACUACUUCCAUGGCCACCUCGCCACCAACUGGCAAUAGUAUUGCCACCUCAAGUAUUCUAAGCGUGACACGCACCUCGAAGGCGGCCAAGGGCGUGGCAGGGGCUCUGCACAAGCUCAAGGCGGCGGCGGCAACAGCAACAGCGGCCACAAGUGGAGGAGCAACAUCAGCUGGUGUCACCUCAUCAACCACAGCCACCACCAUACUUAGGCUAGGAAAAAGUGCCACCACACUGGCCAUUAACGGAGGCAGCAAGCUAGAGGCAACGACAACCACAACAACAGCAGCCACAGUAGCAGCAGCAGCAACAGCGACCACGACAACAUCAAAUAAAUUGCCCAACGCGGUGACAACCGAGCAGCAGCAGCAGCAGCAGCAGCAGCAGCAGCAACCAUCGACAACAACGCAAACGAAUGUGCCACUUGGGAACGAUGGCGAACCCAUCAAGCUGCCCGACAAUUUGGAGAGCCUGCCAAGAGCCGACAGUUUUCCAUCACAACGUCAUCGUUGGAAUACAAAUGAGGAAAUCGCUGCGAUUCUUAUCAGCUUUGAUAAGCAUGGCGAGUGGCAGUCCAAAGAGGUCCGAACCAGACCCAAAAGCGGAUCGCUGUUGCUGUACUCCAGGAAGAAGGUCCGCUACAGACGCGAUGGCUACUGCUGGAAGAAACGCAAAGAUGGCAAGACAACGCGGGAGGAUCACAUGAAGCUAAAGGUCCAAGGCACUGAGUGCAUCUAUGGUUGUUAUGUACACUCGGCCAUAUUGCCCACAUUUCAUCGCAGAUGUUACUGGCUGUUGCAGAAUCCGGACAUUGUUUUGGUGCACUACCUGAAUGUCCCGUAUCCGGAUGAUAAUAAAAUGGCCGUGAUAGCGCCCAGCAUCACCCUGUGGGGCGAUAAAAAGGAGUGGACCAAGGAGGAGUUGGUCAGCCAGCUGAAGCCAAUGCUUUCCACAGUUAAUUCGGAUGAUGACUCCGACUCGGGCAAUGAUAUAGAAAUUUCGACGGCUGAGACGGUGGAGUCAAUAGUGUGCCAGCUGAUGGAGAAGCAGAGGUUGUCCCGCCAGGCGGCGCUGGUCAAGCAGCUGGACUGCGGCUGCGGGGAUGGAGGAUGUGCGGACGGGAAGAACUGCACGCAUCCGGUGAUGCGGCGGUCGGGCGCCAUGUUGAAGUCUUCGGUGCAGGAGAAGCGGCUGGGCGAGACCUUCAACGGCAACACGCCCAACGUGGUGGUGGCCAGCAAGCUAUACUCCCGCUGGGCGGAGCGACCCCGACAGCACCUGGACAAUCACGGCCAGUUCCACAAUGUGACGCAACAGUUGCCGCAGGAAUCGGCCAUCAAGUUCCAGAUCAUUCCGCCGCAGCAACAGCAGCAGGAUGGCAGCUAUCAGCAGCAGCAGCAGCAACAGUAUCGAGGAGCCAGUCAAAUGCUGGCUACCAGGAACAACCUGGUGAUGCAACAGCAACAGCAGCAGCAAUACCACCAGCAGCAACAGCAGCAGCACCAACAGCAGCAGCAACACUUGAGCCUACAGCGAUUUGUUGCCAGCCAAAGCCAGAAUUCGGUGCAUCUCAAUCAGCAGCACAGGCUGCAAAUAGCCAAUACAACGAUCACAGCCACAGCCAGAGAUCCUGGGACGACUUCUGCAGCAGCGGCAGUCGCCUCAAAUGUUAUGGACACCGAGCUAAUUGAAAACCAAAACCACAUGACCGCAAACAAAAUCACAAACCCCGGCAGCACCAACAUCAGCAGCAAUAGCAGCAGCAGCAAUGCCAGCAAGCAAUUAGCAGCUCAAACAAACAACGAAUUAAAUGUCGUAAAUAAUAACGACCCCGGCAACAAUAACUUUAUGUACAAUCAACAGCAGCAACUUAAUGCUUCCAGCAACAGCAACAGUAACAACAGCAGCCAGCAGCAGCAGCAGCAGCAGCAACAUUAUUAUAAAUUGCAACAGACAACGGCAACCCCAGCUAGUGGUCAGCCGCCUCCUCUGGCGCAAGUGCAACCCCAUCCUCCCGUGGAGGCCAUGUGCAUGUCGCCCGAGCAUCGCCAGCAAGCACCACCACCGCCUGCAACAUCUUCGGCCGGCAGCAACCCCUCCUCCAUAUCUGCGAUAUCCACACCUCCAUCCACGUCCACAUCCACACCCACAUCGGGCACUUCGUCCACUUCGAGUUCCUUACAAUCGAUUAUCGAUGGCAAUCAGCAGCAACAAAUUACAACGACGUCGACGGCAGCAACUUGUGAUAAUUUAAUGAGCGCCAAUGCGCUCUCUGAGCAGGACAGCAGCAGCACAGUCAACAACAAUCAGGCCACAGAAGCCGCCAACAGGAGUCAGCCCCUCACCCAAAAUGGUUGUGCCACCUUCAGUGCUUCCAGUGAUAACAGCAGCCAAAUUAGUGACGAGAGCAGCAGCUUUGGCGGCAACAAUCAGAACAGCAGCCACAGCAGCCAUAGCAGCAGCAGCGAGGAGGAGCCUCCGGCGGAGGCGUUAAGCUUCUUCAACGAAACGCUGGAUCUGUCCCACGAGGAUAUCCAGCGCACUUUGAUAGCCAACAUGCCGUAUAAUGCGACAGGCGGAACAGGAGGCAGUGCACCCAGUACAACGACAGCAACGGGCGGCAGCAAACUGGAGAGCAAUCCCCAGGAGGCGGAGAAGAAACCCUCACUCGGGGCAGCUGAACCCGAUGUGGAGGUGGAGGAGGAUGAGACGGACGAUGUGUUCGCCAAUCUGGACGCCUUCGAUAUGCUCGUGGAGUUUCCGGAGCUGGAUCUGGAUGACAAGCAGGCCCUGAAUAACACCGCCAUGGGGCAGAGCUCCUUUUUGGGAGAGGCACCGCCAACGCAGCCGCACCGCAAAGUCCAUAACAUAUGCGAUUUCAGCCCCGAGUGGUCGUAUACGGAGGGAGGCGUCAAGGUUCUGGUGGCUGGUCCUUGGACGAGCUCGAGUGGAGGCGCCUACACGGUGCUAUUCGAUGCCCAACCGGUGCCCACGCAACUGGUGCAGGAGGGAGUGCUUCGCUGCUAUUGUCCCGCCCAUGAGGCGGGCUUUGUGACCCUACAAGUGGCCUGCGGCGGAUUCUUAGUCUCUAAUUCGGUGAUGUUCGAGUACAAGCUUUCGUUGCUGGCGGAUGCUCCCUUUGAUGCCAGCAGCUCCAACGAUUGCCUGUACAAGUUUACACUACUGAAUCGCCUGUCCACCAUCGAUGAGAAGCUGCAGGUGAAGACGGAACGGGAGCUUACGACCGAUCAUUCUGCUCUCUACCUGGAGCCCAACUUUGAGGAGAAACUGGUGGCCUAUUGCCACCGACUGAUCAAGCACGCCUGGAGUAUGCCCAGCACAGCUGCCUCCUGGACAGUAGGACUGCGCGGCAUGACCCUGCUCCAUUUGGCCGCCGCCUUGGGCUAUGCCAAACUGGUGGGCGCCAUGCUCAAUUGGCGCUCGGAGAAUCCACAUAUCAUACUGGAAACCGAACUGGAUGCACUCAGCCAGGAUGUCUAUGGCUUCACCCCGCUCGCCUGGGCCUGUGUGCGUGGUCAUGUGGAGUGCUCUCUGCUGCUCUACAAGUGGAACCACAAUGCGCUGAAGAUCAAGACCCAGGCGCAGCAGACACCACUGGAUUUGGCUAGCAUGCGGGGACACAAACAUUUGCUGGCCCAGAUGUUCCGGCUGGAGAAGGAGCGCUGCCGGAAGCCACAAUUGCGCGGUGGCCUGGCCAAUCUAUCGAUGAACAUUGGCGUUGAGGCAGAGACGGCGGAGGAGCAGCACCAGAGCUUUAGUGGCUUUGAUCUGGAACUCCAGCGCAAGCAUGAUGGGGUGUUUCUCCGACCUGUGGCUGUGCAUAGCAAUCAGAGUCCACCCAACAAUAGCAGUCGCUACUCCAAGCGUUCCUCCAUCGACAGCGGCAUCAACAUGGACAUACGCAGCAAAUCGGGCAAACCCUUAGCAAGGCUUCAUAGCAACUUUGAUAGCCAUGACAACUAUGCUCUGGGCGUGGAUUCGCCGCUGGACUCCCUGACCGGAACCAAUUGCCUGCUGUCGCCGCUGCGCAAGAUGGACUUUGCCCUCUGCGAGGUGUCCACGGGCGAAUCGAGUCCCGUGCACGAGAAAGAUUGCGACGACAGCUCGACGAGCGCGACCGACGUGACCAUUGGCAAUGACUUGGCCCUGCCCGAUGCCGUAGUAGGGGACUCUGAUGCCAAAGUACUGACCCUAGCUGAACACAUAAUAGCAGCUAUGCCAGAAAGGAUCAAGAAUGAAGCCGAUGAAAUGAUGGUGCUUGGUAGUCCUUUGACGGAACCCCUGACUUCGGAAUCUUCGGCCCUAACGGACAGCUUUAUGGAUCCCCUGCUGGACUCGUUGCCCAACACGCACUUCGACAGCGACUUUAGCUUCGACUUCCAUGACCACAGCUAUCGCUAUCACGAUGUCAGCACGCCCUGCUCCAGCUUGAGUCCAGCCAGCUCGGGACCGCUGCAGUCGCCAGCCAGUUACUCCAUACUGGGCACCGAUCCCUCUGUCAGUUCGCCCAGUCCUCCGCCUUCCACCAAACAGCUGACGGAGUUCCUGCACGCCUCCAGCAUCUCGCAGUAUCCCUUCGAGGCGGACUUCUCCAAGCUAACCCUUACCGAUACGGAGCAGCGAGAGCUCUACGAGGCGGCCAAGUGCAUCCAGAAGGCGUAUCGCUCCUACAAGGGCAGGCAGAAGCUGGAGGAGCAGAACAAGGAGCGGAGUGCCGCCACGGUGAUCCAGAACUAUUACAGGCGGUACAAGCAGUAUGCAUACUACAGGCAGAUGACUAACGCCGCCUUGGUUAUCCAACAUGGCUAUCGGUCCUACAGGCGGAACAAGCGGUUCAAGAAGAGCGGCCUGGGCCUGGGCAGCUCCAGUGAUCACGGCAGUGUGAGCAGCAAUUCGCAGUGCCUGUCCAGCUUUUACGAUCACUACAAGCAGGAUCAGCAGCAGCUGCACGAGAUGGGUUCCCAGCCCAGCACGCCCAAGGAGACCAGUCCCUCCGGACCCUUGAAGCGAACCUACUCACAGUCCACCCAGAAUCAAGCUGCCAGAAAAAUUCAACAGUUUAUGAGACAAUCACGCAUCAACAUUUGGGAUGGCAAUUUGACGACUUUGACUACAGAAAGAACGAGCCGAAAAAGAGAAGCUGGUGCACCAACGCAGGGCGGAAUACCUUCAAAACUUGCAGUUUCAAGGACAGCAGGAAAUGUUGGUGUGCCACGAAAAUAACAUUUCUGUGCCGAGCAGUGGCAACAUCACCAAUGCAGGCAACAACAACAACCACAACAAUCUACACCAAAUACAAUCCAAUCAGUGAGGGUCAACUGAGUGAACUUUUAACAUAGGAACGCGGCUGCACGGUUCCAUAAGAAUUUAUGAAUAGCUUUAAAAACCGAGUGAAACUUUCUACUUUCGUAUUUGUUCCAAAUUUGGAAAAACAAUCCCAUGCACCUCUGUAGUGGAACUUUGUUUCAAAACUCUCUCUACAACACAGACAACACACCCACACUCUGAAUUAGUAGCAACUACCUGCACUUUGAUUCAUUUGCCUAACGAAUUUUAAGAAAUUUAUGAAUAGAAACACACAUUGUUUUCGAAGUGAACAUAGCCUAGGUUAGUGGUCUUUUAAGGUAUUACUUAAACCUAAACUUAACUCAAGAUCGGACUCCAGGGAGAAGAUGAGAACACAAUUUUUCCACUUGUAAACUCGAAAGAACUUAUUACUGACGCCUUUGAAAACUUUUUAACUCCAAUUGUAGUAGAAAAACGUAGCCUGCAAUAUAUACAUAUUAUAUACAUACGAUUUAAACCAAUAUUACGCAUGUGUAUGCCUCUUUAUAGUUACAUUUGUAUAUAGAUAUUGCCUAACUAACUAAAUUCUAGUCUAUUUUAACGUACUACCAAGCUCUGCGAUGCGACUAAGCUUGUCUCUAAAGCAAAAUACAAAAAAAAGGAAAAACAAAAUAUAUAAAACGAAAACCUAAAGCAUUAAUCCUCGAUCCUAACUAGUUGCUAACUGCUCUUUAGGUUAACCGUAAGACUACUGAAAGUCCAAAAGUUGUUGAUUUCUAAAAUCAGAUUCGUGUAGAGUGCGCAGCAACUACCAAUCUAUCAAGUUUCAAAGAAAGUAAACCCUAUUCUAACUUCUAGAACGCAAGUACUUACGAUAAAUGUACUAAGUCAUAACUUAUCCGACUACAUAGACUAAGCCUAGCUAAUGAUGAAAGAAAUCAAAAGAAGGGAUAAUGUAUUGCAUGGGCAUUAGAACCAAGAUACAUCCGCAUCUGUGGACGGUCUGCCUGAAGGAAGAUUUAGGAUUCCCUUAUAUGGAAAUUCCGACUUACUGCUGCUGCUUCCCCCAAUCUUAACUGCUUGAAGACACAGCCAAAAAACCAAAACAUGCAAGAGAGAAAAGUUUUUAAACUAAAUGUAACAAUAAAUGAAUUUUUGUAAAUUAUUUUUGUCCGUCCACAUUGUUAGCUUUCAUAACAUACCAACAAGAACAUAUAUACUUACAAAUAUACAAUAAAUAUAAUAUAGAAGGAGCCGAUACUGAUUCGAUACUAUAGCUCGAGAAACAACUUUUAAGGGCCGUUCAAGUUUGAAUUAAUAAACCCGGGCGACAGUUGAAAGAUGAAUGUACAUACACCAGCUCGAAACCUAUGUCCAGCACAUAGGAUGAGAGACACUUACCUCUAUUAGCCCCGAAAAAGAAACCACAAAACAAACUCACAAAACCCAAGUGCAAAGAAAGUGAAAUCUGCGAGUGUUUGUCACAACAACCAGGAGCGCAGCUGUCGAGGGUGGAUUUGGUGGGAAUUAGGAUCUAUCACAUUGUUAACUAUUUAACUACGAACUAUUAUACUUAAUUCGCACUAUAUUAUUACUCUACGGAAAUUUGAUUGCAUUUUGCUCUAACUUAACUAUGUAUAAAUCUGAUCAACUGAUUCGAAAUGAAGACUAAAUACGAUUUCACUACUCAACUGACUUAAGAAUUGCAAUCAAUUUUGUUAACUGUUUUUGGCAGGGUGUUAGACAUGUACCAGCCGAAUACCAAACCCAAUUAAUUGCAAUAUUUGCACAUACUACACACUCACACCACACACAGGACACGCUCUGGCUCACAAAAAAACAGAACAAAAAAAAGUGAAAACACACACAAUUUAUAAACCUCAAAGUAGCAACCUGAGUGUGUUUUAAUGGUGGGAAGUCUUUUUAGAUAGACGAAUGCCAAAAGGCAAAGAAAACUUAAGUACCUUAAGCCAAUUGGCACUAAAACUAAACUUAAAUCUAACAAACAAUUAUGAAUACCUAGAGCAGACUAUGUAUCUAUAUCGAAGUGGUGGUGUCUGCGAUAGUAGGGCAUUUCCCCCGACCUAGUUUUGUUUGAACCCUUUUUCUUCAACUGAACCUUAACUAAAAUGCAACACCAAAAUUGUUGAUAUCUAACGAACUACAUACAAUACGAGAAAGAAACUAUUAUAGCUAAUGUAAUUGGAUAUUCGGUACUCACAUAUCUGUUAGAUAAUUUAAACCUAUCUUCGUCCUAAUAGAACUUCUAAGUGCGGCGCAUGUACGAAGCAAGCAUUCUUCUUCAACUUCAACUAACUAACUAACCAUCCAACUUUGUCCCAAGAAACCCAAAAUUCAGCUAAUUGAACUGUUUGUUUCCGACUUUCAGCUUAGUAGACCAGCAAAUAGGAACGGAUAUAAAACUGUUAACUAAACUUUUAAGCGAAAUAUACCUAGAGAGUAACCUUUUUAAAUAUUAUACCUUACUUGUAUGGGAUACUUAGCAUGAACUAAACACAUAUAUCUGCAAACUAAAGAAUGUUUAACAAAUCAACGUAUUAUAAUUGUACAGACACAGAUACACACACCAAACACACAACAUAGAGUUAUAUAUAUAUAUAUAUAUAUAUUGUAAAACGACUUUCCAGUUUCUGUAAAAUUGUAAUUACAUCCAAUAAAGUUUAAUUCAACACUUUAA